GGUUCUCAAACCAAACACACCCUACAAGUCUAGAUCUAUCCAUGAGAAUAGGAGUAGAAUCCUAACAGUGCUGCUGUCUGAGAAGUUGCGGAUUUGGUGGCUGCCGAGAGUUGACGAACACGCCCGAAGAGGAGCAGGGGAGAGAAUCAGAGAAGUCGCCGCAGGGAGAGUCAAGGCGAUCAGGCGAGAUUUACCACAGCUGCCGGGCCCGGUGGGGAGCAGGAGGGAGGAUCCGGGAACGGCAUGGAUGACUUCUACGUCACCAUCCCUUACGGCCUGGUGGUCCUCGGCGGCGGCGUCGCUGGCUACGUCAAGCGGGGGAGCGUGGCUUCGCUGGCCGCCGGAGCAGGAUUCGGAGGCGCGCUCCUCCUCGCCGGCGCUCUCAGCAUCUGGGCCUUCACGGGUGGCCAUUCUAGCUCCCUCUUCGCCACCGUCCUGCAGACCGUUUGUGCUGCAGCAUUAACAAUAGUCAUGACAAUAAGAUACAUGAAAACAAGAAAGGUGGUGCCAGCUGGAAUAAUUGCUACCAUCAGUUGUCCUGAUAUUCUACGUGUACAAGAUAUCUAAGGGAGGUAACGAGGUUUACCUCCCAGUGAGUGCCGAGUGAGCCUGCUGGAUGUCGUAUCUCCUGUCUUCUGGUGUAGAUGUUGCCUUUACGAAUGCCAAAUGCCCAUAUAGUAACUGUGAAUUAUUUUAUUCUUGUGAGACGAAUAUUUGUUUAUUUAUCCUGAAACAUAUUUUUUUUCCGAUAAGGGGCGCUUUAUUACUUAAAAGAUUUAAGUAUCCUGAAACAUAUAUGGCUGACAUGAAAAGCCAUGAUACAGAACUCUGCACUUGUGUGGUGAGUAUAUAUAAUUAUAAAUCGGCCUCUUGGCCUGUCUGCAGCUGCAUUUUCAUUCA